GUGCUUUGCGGCCGACAUAUACGCGUACGGCGGCGUUAUACUCGAAAGACUACAGUUCCCAGGAUGCCCGAGGCUGUUUGACCCAUGCGCAGAACCUGCUUCUAGUUCGUUCUUAUAGAGAAGAUGCGCAGGGUUAGCAGUCGUAUGUGUUAUGAUGAGGAUGUUGAGCCAGAGGAUCUGGAAACAGAAGGAGAAAGGCAAUUACAAAACCUACUGAAGCACCAGCUAGACACAACAGUAUCACUUGAAGAAUGCAUGGCAAAGAAGAAAUGCUUUACUCCAAGUGCUGUAUACAAGCCUUUUGGAGAGCAAGCAGCAGGUGUGUUGAGUCUGUCGCAGUUCCAGACUUUGCAGGAUGGAGAUGGGGAGAUUGCUGCACUGAGGGAUCUUGGACUUACUGACAGGGAAAUCCAACUCUGGCAAGAAAGAGAGUCUCUAGUUAAGUUCUCAGGAUUUGGAGCAGAUCCAGCAGCAGUGCAGCAGAGACUCCGUGCCAUUGAAGAAAAGAUUGAGGAGCGCCAACGACUUUUGUCAUUGCCCCAGAGAUUCGCAGGAAGUAAACAAUUGAAUAGGAGAGAGAUGGAGAUUGAAAAAGCCAUGUUUCAAGGAAGUGACCGACACACUUUUUUGAAAGCAUUAUAUUACCAAGAUGAGCAAUUUAUAAAAGACCAGAGUGACCCAAUCAACCAAUUGGAAAUGAUGUUAUUAAAAUUCAAAAAUGAUUCUGCUGGAAUGGAAGAAAAUCCAAAAAACAGACCAGGAUCUUCCACAGAAAUACCUUCUACAGCAACUAGUGAAGGAGUUGGUUUUGGAGAAAUGACUAGUCUGCUUCUACCACCACAAAGUGAGCUCAAUGUCCCCGACCAGUAUGAAAAUCAGAACACCAAGAGACUUUCAGUCAGCGUGCCUAUCAGAACCCUACCCAGCACUGGCACCCAGUGUCCUCAAAAAAUUAUCCAGCAAGUGGAAGCUGUUUCUGUAGAAGAGAUCCGGAGGAACAAACUUUCUGAGGAGGAAAUCAGAAUGAUUCCCAGAUUUUCAAACUAUAAUCCUGGGCAACCAAGCAGGGUUCUGUACUUGAAAAAUUUGAAUCCAAAAGCCACAUUGGAAGAUUUGUUUUCCUUAUUUGUUUCCUUCCAACAAAAGGAUGGCCCUCAGCUCCUUUUCCGGUUACUGACAGGUCGAAUGAAGGGACAAGCUUUCAUUACCUUCCCAAGUGUAGAGUUGGCAAUGGAAGCCCUGAACCUGGUGAAUGGUUACAAUCUGAUGGGCAAACCAAUUAUUAUUGAGUAUGGGCAGAAUCGAUCCCACCAGUGAACUGGACUUUCAGAGCUAUGGUCAAUGGAAGGAGCUUAAGCACAAAUGUUAUUCAGUGCAAAUACAUUACAAAUUGUAAAGUGCCCCUGUGUGCCCCCUUCCCCCAAAGGAAACAUCUAUAUAAUUGGUUCGAAUGCAUGGACUUUCAUUUGCACAAAGUAUUUUCUUUAGAGGCAUUGAAAAAUAUCUUCUGUUAUCUGGAUAGUAAAAAUAAUACAUGCAAGGGUAUGGUUUAACAAAAUCAUCUUUGGCCUUGCACUGGUACCUGAUGUGGUACUGGACCAUUUGGAACAUGGAGGUUCCAGGUUUAAUGCUUCAUGGUUAAGGUUUCUCAGUUUGUUACAUUUAGAGUAUUACAGUUGAAUGAACUUUUUCUUUAAGAGUUGAGUACACACCACGAGCUUAUGCUGUUGCAGUUAAAUGGUUCCAGUUAAGACUGCUCAUAGUUGAAAGACCAAGCAAUGUACAUUUUCUUAAAGGAAAAAUGUACUUUUGUGCAAGGGACCAGUGACAGCUAUAAAGAGGAACUCUGGGUAAAGUUAGCUGCUUCAGGAAAAGAAAGAAAACUGGGGCAGUAUAUAUACACCUUUUGUUCAGGAAAACAAAAAACCUGUUCAUUCUCACAGUCUUUAAAUGGCAUUUUCACACCUUUUUAAUGAGUACUAACAUUUUGUUUUUAAAAAUUGUGAAUUUUUUAAAAAAAGUAAUAUUUUCUAAACAAUAAAUCUUGGGAAAAAAUUGUUGUUGAAAGUAAGUCCCAAUAAAAUGGAAAAGCUUUGUUUACAAAUGGUUAGCUGUAAAGAUCCUACAGAAAGCAGCCCCAGGAAUAUUAGUGCUUUUUGCAAACAGGUUACUUGUAGUUUUCAACUUUCUCAAACAUUUUUCACCCAACCUGUAUGUUGUGAGUUUAUCCUGGAAUCCAACUUCAGCUAUUACUGUAUCUCCGCCCUCCUAAGAAAUCUUAACUGUAAACACAAAGUAGAACAAGUUCUGACUUAUGCCCAACUUGUAUACAACGAUAAUAUCUUUUACAUUACAUGUGUGAUUUUUGUAGACAGAAAUCCAAGCCAAACAAGGCAAAACCAGCUCACUUUUAGAUAUAAUUUUAACUUAUAAUGUAAUUGAGCCAUGUCUGACAUUGAGAUAGUUAUUUGAUAUUCUGCCUUGGGAUCAAAAUUAAAUCAACAGAUCUUGUUUUUCAGGUUACUAUGUGCCUUUCGGUCAGUCAAAAACUGAUUCUCUUUCUUCAACUUUAGUUACAGUUAAGGAAUUGUGAUACAAAGUAUUUACAUAAAAAUACUUAAGUAAUCUUUUCCUGAGAUUUGUAUUUAUUGCCCGUAAAUCUCUGGAGUCAUAUCUUUGAUUCUUAAGGACUCUGUAUUAAUGGUAUUGUUAUUCAGGACUUCUGCAGAAAAGAUUUUGCUGUAGUCAUUUAAAAUGAUGUCAUCGGUUGGACAAUCUUUGUGGUUGUUGGGUCAAAAUGAAUGAUUAACCUCCCAACCUCGCCUUCACCCCCAAUUGGAGUUUGUAUGUGAGUUAUUUAUGCAGGAUACAAAACAUAAAUUGGAAUUCUUAGAAGAUAAUGAACUAACACUUUGAAAGUCGCUGGAAACAUUGUCUUCAGUUAUUGGUCAGUUCUAUUAUUCAGAUCUAAUCACAAGACCAUAAAAUACAUUAUUCAGAUGUAGUAAUGGAUAUGAAUCCCAGGUUUUGGCAUGUCUUAAUCUCAGUAAUGCUCUUGAUGGAAAAGGUAAUUUCCUCCCACCUGACAUCCUUUCGUAAGGAUAAUUACAACAGUACAACUGUUUUAAAAUACAGUAAUUUACACUAAGUCUAGCAACUCCAAAAUACUUGUUACUUUGCAUUGAAGUUCUUGAGCUUUUCAUUAUUAGUAAUGAGGCAGCACAGGAUUUUUGUCCUAUUCAGAUAUACCACUGAUACACAUUCAAACUGUCUUGUAAAUUGUGGCAGGAGGUACGGCAAAAAAAAAAUAGGAGGGAAAAAGUAACGUUCAAUGUAAAAAUUCCAUAAUGUAAGAAUUGUAUAUAUUGCAUGGUAAAUAAAUUCAUGGCUGUUAUUUGACUUUGGAAAUCAACUACAAUUUCUAAAAUCAUUGUGCCAUUUGAUUGUAGAUUCACCCUAUGUCCUUUAGUUAAUAGAUACUUAUUCACAAGUGUGAAAUAAUUAAAAAAUUGUCUAAAAUUAACCCUUUUCCACUAUGCCAUCUGUUCUUCCUCCUGAGAUAAAUAACUAGUUAUUCUUUGAAUCCUGUAAACAGUAUUCCAUUCAAAACCAGUUGUAUUUCUAUGAGUGACAUUCACGUGUAUGGAAAUCUUAAGACUUACCGAAUAACAGAUGAUGAUGUUGUAUUUCUAGAUCAUAUAUAUAGUCUACUGACUGAGCUCAGUCUUGCCAGGGUUUUCAGUAUUACACUGUGGAAAUUAUUACUCAGUUUUAUACUAUUUGUUAACACUGUUGGAUUGAUGUUGAUAUUUGAAAUGUUACAGAUAUUCAUGCUAUUAAAUGUAUUACAGCUUUGCCAUUA